CGAUAGAUUUUUUACAUGUCCCGUGGAUACCUGACCCAAUGAUAGAAAUGAGUGGCAGACGCAUCGGUUUCAACGAUAAUCCCCAAUGCGAGAAUGCGAGGGUCUUUGACGAUCAGAAUUCAGAGCGGGUAGGAAGGUUACUGAAAGUGUGCGAAACAUGUUUGUGCUAACCCAAGCUCCGAAGGGAGCUCUAUCUGGCAGAAGAUGUUCCUUAUCGCCUCUUACAAGCGGACCAAACCCACCUCCCUUCUCUAAUCACAAACCAACCUUUGCUUCCAGAAACCGAAGAGGUAACCUAAAUCUUGCUGUGACAAAUGCUGAGGGAGGUGGCGACUCAGCUUCUGCUUCAAAGCAGGCUUUUCCGAGCUCCACUACUCGUUCAUCUCCUUCCAGCAAUGAGGAAAUCGUUUUUGUCGGUGGGGAAAGCGUUCCUUUGGAAGGUGUGAUUCAGUUCGAGAAACCCGAUGUGUCUUCGCAAUUGAACAAAUGGGGUCUUGUUGCUCUGCUUGCUGGUGGAGAUGUUUUGGCUUUACUUUUGUUCGCCGCUAUUGGGAGAUUCAACCAUGGGUUUCCUGUUCUAGACAUCGAGACCCUACGUACAGCAGACCCUUUUAUUGGGGGAUGGUUUUUAAGUGCUUAUUUCCUUGGAGGUUAUGGAGAAGACGGCAGAAGAAUGAACGGUAUGUCGAAAGCUGUUAUUGCAGCAGCCAAGUCGUGGGCAGUGGGAAUACCAUUGGGAUUGGUCAUAAAGGCAGCAACAUCGAGUCAUAUUCCACGAGCCAGCUUUGCAUUGGUUACUAUGGGAAGCACAGCAUUCUUGUUGAUUGGAUGGAGAGCGCUUUUGUUCACCAUUCUCCCCAGUAAGAGCAAGAAUAAUGAAGUGUACAAGCUUAGAUUUAUAUGUUCUGCUCAGAUGGUUGAAAUCAGCUGA